AUGGCAGAUCUAGGCUUAGACCAUCACCACACCUAUAAAUAUCCAUUCUCUUCAAUAUUAUUUUAUAAAACAAUUCUCUUUACCUUCUUUGUGUUCUUAACCUCUGCUUCUUCAUCUUCAUCUUCUACUUAUUAUUUGUCAAACGUAAUUGUGAAUUCAACAGCUGAGUUUAUUAACCAUACAGCAAUAUCCGAAUUUCGGAUACUGAACCGAAGAGUUUUAGCCAAAUGCCCCGACCCGAACCCGUAUCUCAGUAUAACUACAGCCUCAAAUUCAAGCCUUUCUGAUGAAGGCUUUGUUACAGUUCAUGUUUCUGGUGUUUUGCUUCCUUCAAAAGGCGAUUGGGUUGGAAUGAUCUCUCCUUCAUAUGCGGACGUAUCAAGUUGCCCUUUUAACGCCAUACAAUAUCAACAGACUGGUGAUCUCUCUCAACUUCCACUCCUUUGCCAUUAUCCUGUCAAGGCACAAUAUUUAAGCAAAGAUCCAGGUUAUCUAAGAUGCAAGAAGAAAGAGUGCAAGAAAUAUGUGAAGGGUUCUUGUGUUGAGAGAAGUUGUAGCGCCUCACUCUCAUUUCACGUUGUUAAUUUUAGGACUGAUAUUGAGUUUGUCCUCUUUGCUGGUGGAUUUGCCACACCUUGCAUACUCAAAAGAUCAAACAAAUUGAGUUUCACUAACCCUAAACAGCCUUUAAAUGGCCAUCUCUCAAGCAUGGACUCAACAGGAACUUCAUUGAGAGUAACAUGGGUUAGUGGGGAUAAAGCACCUCAACAGCUGCUGUAUGGAAAUGGAAACUCUGAAAUAUCAAAAGUUUCAACUUUUACCCAAAAAGACAUGUGCAGUGCUUUUCCAAAAAGUCCAGCCAAGGACUUUGGGUGGCAUGACCCAGGCUUUAUUCAUUCAGCAGUAAUGACAGGACUUAAUCCUUCAACCACAUACUCCUACACAUAUGGAAGUGAUUCAGCUGGUUGGAGUGGGAAAAUAAACUUCAAAACACCACCUGCUGGAGGAUCAGAUGAGGUUCGAUUUCUGGCAUAUGGAGAUAUGGGAAAGGCUCCUAGGGAUCCUUCUUCCGAACAUUAUAUUCAGCCAGGAUCUUUGGCGGUGACGAAGGCUAUGGCAGAUGAAAUAUCAUCGGGGAAUGUAGAUUCCAUAUUUCACAUAGGCGACAUAAGUUAUGCCACAGGAUUUCUCGUAGAGUGGGAUUACUUCCUUCAACUAAUCACUCCAAUUGCUUCUCAUGUUUCUUACAUGNAUAUAUAUAUAUAUAUUCAUUUCCAUCAGAGAUGCUUUUCCGAAAGUAAGGAUUAUGUAGGAACAGGAUCAGUGUAUGGAACACCAGAUUCAGGGGGAGAGUGUGGAGUGCCUUAUGAAACUUAUUUUCAAAUGCCAACUGCAGCAAAGGAUAAGCCAUGGUACUCCAUUGAACAAGGAAGUGUUCACUUCACAGUUAUUUCAACAGAGCAUAAUUGGUCUCACAACUCAGAGCAAUAUGAAUGGAUGAGGAAAGACAUGGCUUCAGUUAAUCGAUCAAGAACUCCUUGGCUAAUCUUUACUGGGCAUCGACCCAUGUAUUCGUCAGUUAAUGGGGUGUUUCUUAAAAGUGUUGAUGAUGAUUUUGUCAAAGCUGUUGAGCCUCUACUACUGGCAAACAAGGUUGAUCUAGCAUUAUGGGGACAUGUUCAUAAUUAUGAGAGGAGUUGUGCAGUAUAUCAGAAGGAAUGCAAAGCAUUGCCUACUAAAGGUGCAAGUGGAAUUGAUACUUAUGACAAUGCCAAUUAUACUGCACCAGUUCAUGCUGUUAUUGGAAUGGCUGGCUUUAGCUUGGACAAGUUCCCUUCUGAUGCUGAUAAGUGGAGUUUGAUAAGAAUAGCCAAAUUUGGAUACGUGCGAGUUCAUGCAACAACCAAAGCAUUGACAAUUGAAUAUGUAAAUGCAAAUACUAGAAAGUUGGAAGACAGUUUUCAAAUAACCAGAAGCUGAACAAACAAGAGAUGGAAAGAGAAUACAAUACACUAGCUAGUGCAGUAAAAUUAUGUUACACAAAGUAUAGGGAGAGUUUAUUCAAAUUCAUAUAAUACUGUCAUACAUACACAUUGACAGUUUUUUAUUCUCUUACAUUUAGCAACAAUAAUUGUCUCAAUAAUUUAAUUUUUAGCUUAUGCGCUAAUUAUUCUACUCCUUCUCGAUCGAGACCUUUCUUUAAUUUGUUGAUAUUCACUGGCUACAAUAUUUUAAUUGGGCUCGAGAACUCCCGUGUAAGUUGGGUGACACUAAAUUUGCU